AUGCUGAGAGAAGAAAUCUCUUUGAUGUGCUUCAGAUUGUGCACCAUGCACAACUGCCCCGGAUUACUUGCGCCUUUGACGUCUUGUCGUCUUUUAGCCCUUGAUAAGAACCCUGGAGUGCGACCAAUCGGGGUUGGGGAAGUUCUCCGUAGACUUCUAGGAAAAUGUAUUGUCCACGCAUUCAAAGACCCGAUCAAGGAAGCCGCAGGAAACCUGCAAACAUGUGCCGGAUUCGAAGCUGGUGCAGAAGCUGCUAUUCAUGCUAUGAAAGAACUCUACGAGGAAGAGAACUCGGAAGCUGUGAUAAUGAUCGACGCCUCAAAUGCCUUCAACUCCAUGAACAGAGCAGUGGCUCUAAACAACAUACAAGUACUGUGCCCAACGAUUGCCACGUAUUUAAUAAACACAUACAGGCAGCCAUCGCGCUUAUUUGUGAUAGGAGGUGGGGAAUUAAAAUCAAGUGAAGGAACCACGCAAGGAGAUCCACUCGCGAUGCCUUGGUUCUCUAUCAACACGAGAAGACUAAUCAAUGUACUUGCCGAACAAACUGAGGUGAAGCAAGCAUGGCUGGCAGAUGACGCCACCGGAUGCGGAAGCAUUGCGAACUUAUGGAAGUGGUACGAGAAACUAAUUAAAGAAGGAAACAAAGACGAUUAUUUUGUUAACAAACUGAAAUGCUGGCUGGUAGUGAAAUCUGAGAGUCUGAGUGAAAAGGCAAAAGUGAUGUUUAAUGGAACAAAAAAUGUCACUACGGCCGGCAAAAGGCAUUUGGGUGCAGCACUUGGGACUCAAGAUUUCAAGACUGCUUACUGCAAAGAUAAAAUUGAAAUAUGGGCUAAGGAAUUGAACGUGUUGAGUGGGUUCGCCGUUUCACAACCACAUGCAGCAUUCUCUGCGUUUAGCAAAGGAUUUAAAUCAAAGUUUACAUACUACUUUCGGACUAUACCUGAAAUAGCUGAUAUGCUCGAACCAAUAGAAUGUGUUCUGGAGAACAAACUUAUUCCAGCGCUCUUCGGGUCUGAGUCCCCACUGGAGAACAAGAAAAGACCAAUUAUUGGGUUACCAGUAAGCAAAGGCGGUCUUGGUUUCGGAGCGCUAAAAGAAGAAGCAAGAUUUCAAAAUGAAAACUCAAAAAUCUUCUCAAAACCCCAUAAGCAAGCCAUCAUUGACCAGCUUUCGGAUACCACUCUCGAGUAUAGCGGCGGAAGAAAACAAAUAGCAACUCGGAAACGCGAAAGGGAGAAAGAAUUAGAAGAAGCAGUUUCACAAUCAUUUACCACCGAAGAAAAAAGGAAGUGGAAACAAAACACAGACAAGGGAGCUAGUACCUGGCUAACCGCCCUACCUCUAAAAAGCCAAGGAAUGAACCUCUCAAAAACCGAAUUUCGGGACUCGCUGAGAUUACGAUACAAUAUUCCCCUACAAAAUAUCCCCCGCAAUUGCCCUUGCGGAAAACCUUUUUCCGUUGACCAUGCCCUGUGCUGUAAAAAAGGUGGUUUCAUAUCCGCGAGGCAUGACAAACUUCGGAACCUUCUUGCAGGGUCGCUAACAAGGGUAUGCAUUAAUGUGGAAUUCGAACCACAACUGACAAAAAUUGAUAACGAAGUAUUCAGAUUACAAACCACAUCAACUGAAGAUGACGCGAGGCUAGACAUCAAAGCUAGAGACUUUUGGGAGACUGGACAGACUACGUUUUUUGACGUUCGGGUUACACAUGUUAACGCUCCCUCACAUGGCACCAAGGCUACAACUGAAAUCUUCAAAUCACAAGAAAACGAGAAAAAAAGAAAGUAUCUGGAAAGAAUUGUCGAGGUGGAGAACAGUUCCUUCACGCCGCUGGUCUUCGGCACUAACGGGGGAAUGGGAAUAGAAUGCAGCAUUUUUCUCAAACAAUUAGCUGUUAAACUUUCCCGGAACGAAGAUGGCAACUCUUAUUCAACCUGUAUCAACUAUCUGAGAACUCGAUUAUCAUUCUGUACAUUAAAAUCUGUUAUAAUAUGUAUUCGAGGUACCCGUACUCCAUUCAACAGUAGUUCAGUAUGCCAGGAAUCAUCAUUAGCGGAAGAUUUUCUGUUGAACUCAGCAGCUGCCGAUAUCGCCUCAUAA